AUGAUCCUUACCUCCAGUGCUGCGGUGCUCCUCAGCACCGUCACCUUGUUCGCUCAACUCGCUUUGGGCCUCCCCACAGCAUCCGAGCCGGUGCACCACGAAAGUGUCCGGGCUAUCGGAAAGCUCUCUCACAGGGACGAGUUACACGACGCCGGCGUUGUCUGGGACAAGGUCGUUCGCCAGUCACCCGUAGUCUCUCCUACCGACCCUCGCGACAGCUUCAACAACCGGAACCCAGACAUCCCAGGGGUUGGCUACCCUCGGUCCUCAGAUGCAGAUCCCGCCUUCACCAUCCCCGAGGCGACCCUCCGCGCCGCCAUCUUCCUGCCAUCAGGCUUCAACGCGUCCACCAACCGCCAAGUAGUCCUCUUCGUUCCCGGUACCGGAGCCUACGGCCACGAAUCCUUCGCCGACAACCUGCUCAAAGUCAUCACCAAUGCCGGCGCCGCCGACGCCGUCUGGGUCAACGUGCCUAACGCCAUGCUGGACGACGUACAGUCGAACGCCGAGUACAUCGCCUACGCCAUCAGCUACGUCAAGGCGCUCAUCGGUGACGACCGUGACUUGAACGUGAUCGGCUGGUCCCAGGGUAAUCUGGCCACGCAGUGGGUGUUGACCUACUGGCCGAGCACCGCCCCAAAGGUGCGCCAGCUGAUCUCCGUCAGCCCGGAUUUUCACGGGACCAUGUUGGCAUAUGGGCUGUGCGCGGGCAACUUCGGGAAAGUUGCCAAGGCGGGAGCGCCCUGCCCGCCGUCGGUGCUCCAGCAGUUGUACAGCUCGAACUUGAUCAACACCCUCAGGGCGGCGGGCGGCGGGGACGCGCAUGUGCCCACCACCUCGUUCUGGUCGCGUCUCACUGACGAGGUUGUCCAGCCGCAAGCUGGCUUGACGGCGUCGGCGAGGAUGGGAGACGCGCGUAAUAAGGGCGUGACGAACGUCGAGGUGCAAACGGUCUGCGGACUAUCGGCUGGCGGUGGGCAAUAUGGCCACUCGACCUUGAUGGCGCACCCGCUCGUUGCGGCAAUGACGCUCGACGCGCUGAAGAAUGGAGGGCCCGCGAGCCUAAGCAGAAUUAGGUCGCAGAUGUUCAGGACCUGUUCGAAUGUGGUCGCGCCAGGGUUGCAGCUCACGGACAGAGCAAAGACGGAGGGACUCCUUACCACUGCGGGCGCCAGAUUGGUUGCUUUCCCUACCAAAUUGUUGAGAGAGCCGGCCUUGAGAGACUACGCAACUUGA